AUGAAUCCUGAGAGAAAGAACAUCCAUAAUUACAAGUUUGUGGAACCUCAGUUGGCUGUAUUGAGAGGACUUGGGGCACGUUUAGAUCUGGGACACAAAGAUGACUUCAAGGAAGCUUGUGGUAACUUUUUGGGCAUUCUGAACACUGAAGUCAACAUCACUGUUGUGCACACUCUGGUGCAAUUCUAUGAUCCACCACUGAUAUGCUUUACUUUCCAAGAUUACCAGUUGGCGCCUACUUUGGAAGAGUACUCACAUAUUCUGGGUAUUAAGAUCAAGAACCAGGUGUCCUACGUUCGCACUAAGGAACUUCCUAAAUAUCAAGACCUUGCUGAAGCUCUACACAUGGGAAAGAAGGAAAUAGAACUGAACCUGAAGCCCAGGGGUGGAAUCCAUGGCUUCAACUCUAAGUUUCUAGUGGACAAAGCUAUUGCAUUCGCCGAAGCUGGGAGUUGGAUGACCUUCAACGCCAAUCUAGCUUUACUUAUCUAUGGGGGCGUAUUGUUUCCAAAUAUGGAGGAAUUCGUAGACUUGGCUACUAUUCAUAUCUUCCUGACUCAUAAUCCUAUUCCUACUCUUCUCGCUGAUACUUACUACUCCAUCCAUGUGAGGACUCAGAAGAAGAAAGAGACUAUCGUUUCCUGUACCCCUUUGUUGUAUAGAUGGUUUAUUUUGCAUCUACCCAGCAAAGGCCCUUUUGUUGAGAACAAGGAAAACUUGAAGUGGUCCCAACAGAUCAUGUCCUUAAAAGCUGAAGAUAUUCCUUGGUAUUCUCGAGUUUACGAUGGUAUCAAGCUCAUCCUCAACUGUGGGGAUUUUCCUAAUGUACCUCUUCUUGGGGUCGAAGAGCCAAAGUUGAUCAAGAAUAUUGUCAAGGCUUGGGGAUCGAUUCGUCUUCAAGGAAGAGCAGAGAUAGGUAAAAAGAAUUGUAUCGCUAUGGAAUCUUACACUAGUUGGGUCAAGAGUAGAGAUAGUGAGAUUUUGUUGUCAUUCCCGCCCGAACCGUCCAUGAACGUCCAGCCUCUCGAGCCAAAGAACCAUCCAAAUCCCGAAGUCGGUGAAUUGAAGAAUGUUAUCAAGACCCUAGAGAAAGAGAAUGUUGAUCUCAAAUCUAGGCUUGGUAAGAUCUCUUUUGAGAAAGAAACCUUGACGUUCAAUCUGAAUCAGAAGAGAGACCGAGUUCGUCAAGCAGAUGACAAGGUACAGAUAGAGGUUUUCAAAAGACUCAAAGUGGGUGACACCCUCAAAGGGACUUACGCUAGCCUGACAACCAAAAAGAAGCAAUUAGCCGAAGCUCAAUACAGAGCCAGCAAAGCGGAAAUUGAACACAUGGAACAAACCAAGAAACUCCAAAGUCUGUUAGAAGCUUGUAAGAAAGAGUUGAAGGAUGAGAAAAGCCGCACCAAAUAG